AUGGUGGACAAUAAUUUUACAGAGUCCUUCAACUCUUGGAUCUUAGAAGCAAGAGGCAAGACUAUCCUGAAGAUGCUAGAGGAUAUUAGAAUCAAGGUCAGGAACAGGUUAAGGGAGAAAGAAGAAGAAGCUAGAACAUGGGGAGGUGAGUUUAGUCCUAACUGCAUGAAGAUGUAUGAUGCUUAUUUGAACGUAGCCAACUUAUGUACUGUUCAUUUCAAUGGUGAAACUAGCUAUGAGGUUUCUGAGGGUGGUAAUAGACAUACAGUGAACCUAGUGGAGAAAAAAUGCACUUGUAGAUCCUGGCAGUUGACUGCCAUCCCAUGCCCUCAUACCAUCAGGGCACUAAAAUACGAGAGAGAGGAUCUAAUGACUGAAAUUAGUUGGUGGCACAGCAAGCAAGCUUACCUGAUGACAUAUAGGGCCAAGUUGAUGCCUGUUAGAGGUGAAAAGUUCUGGAAAGUAUUACCAGAACAUGCUAUGGACCCUCCUCCACUUGCCAAAACUGUUGGAAGGCCAAAAGUCAAAAGAAAUAGGGAGAAAGAUGAGGCUAACAAGAGACAAGGAGAUUGGGCUGCAUCAAGAAGGGGAACUAGAAUUACAUGCAACAUUUGUGGUGAACUGGACCACAAUUCAAGGACAUGCAAGGUUGGUGCUGAAGGAAAUGUUGAGGAUGUUAGUUGUUCAGCCCCUCAACCAACUCAACCAACACAAGAAGGUGAACAUGAAAGUGAAUUUGUGUUCAUGCCUACACCAAGAGUACCAAGACACCAAACAGAACCCUUUGAUGAUGGAACCAGUGAGCAUGAAAGUGACCCUGCUUUAAUGCCUAAGAUUAUUUCUGAAGAUCAAUCAUGA